GCGAUCCCUUUCAUCGUCGCCAUAGCAACCGUAAAUGUUUUCCUACAUACUCACCAGAGCAUCUCUACCGUUUUAGAGCGUCAACUUCAAGCUAUAGCUGUCCACUGAACAAAGUUAUAACAACCAGCAGCACAGCAGACAUGUCCGAUGUGGGAUCUGAGGAGCUCGACAACGAGCGCACUAACCUCGGGGAAUAUGAAGGAGACAGAAAUGAAGCAGGGGAGAGACAUGGAGCCGGGAGAGCAGUGCUGCCUAACGGAGACAUUUACCAGGGACAGUACGAGAACGGCAAAAGGUCCGGACAGGGGACAUAUUAUUUCAAGAAUGGGGCCAGAUAUGUGGGAGACUAUCACCAGAAUAUGAAACAUGGACAAGGCAUAUUCUACUACCCAGACGGGUCUAAAUAUGAAGGGUCUUGGGUGGAAGACCUGAAGCAGGGUCAUGGGAUCUACACUUACCCCAAUGGAGACACAUAUGAUGGAGAUUGGGAACGCAACUUAAGGAAUGGACAGGGCACAUACCACUACCAUGAAACUGGCUCAAAGUACAAAGGAUCAUGGGUGAAUGGCAACAUGGAGUUAGCUGGAGAGUUUAUCCACUCUAACUUCAGAUACAAGGGUAGCUUUGUCAAGAAUAAACCGUGUGGCCCAGGGAAGUAUAUGUUUGACAUUGGCUGUGUGCAGCAUGGUCAAUACCACUCAACAGAGCAGGAAAGGGCGGAGGGCGAGGAGGAUGACACUGUUUCCUCCACCGUCUGGAUUCCGGCCAGGGACUCUUCAGGUCAGCCUCCGUCGCUAUGAGCCCGGCCUGACCAUCAUGACAAAUGGCAGGAGAGGAGCCAAAUCAGUUCUGCAGCUGAAGGAUAAGAAAGGAGGAGGAGGCAGGCAACUGACCGGAAGAUCACAGCCUCAUUUUAAGAAGUGCAAGACGUUUGCACUGCGUUACCUCAAUGUAAUCAGUCAGCUGC